AGUGAAAAGAGAGAGAGAGAAUAUGGAGAGAGUGUUCUCAGUUGAGGAGAUUUCUGACCCGUUUUGGCCAACGCCGACAGCACCGCCAUCUCACCCAACCACGCGAACAGAUGACGAACACAACAAAAUGAAUCGCAGCUAUUCCGAAUGGGCUUUUCAGAGAUUCCUUCAGGAAGCGUCAGCAUCAGAGAAUUCUCCAUCUCCGGCAUCAUCAUCCGCCGCCACCACCACCACAUCUCCAUCUGCUGUAAUUCCCUCCAGCUCUGUUUCUCUCCCUUCGUCUUCAACCAAGAGAGCUAGCGAUGCCGGACGUGAACUUGAUGACGAUGUUAUCGAGAUCAAGGACCCUCCUCCUGUUCCUCUACCUCAGCUUUCAAAUCCUUAUCCGCCUAACGUUCCCAUUGAUUCCGAGGAGUACCAAAAUUUUCUCAAGAAUCGUCUCAAGCUUACCUGUGCUGCUGUUGCCUUGACUCGGGCAUCUUCUGUGAAACCCCAUGAUUCUACUCACUCAGCUGACGGUGGAUCACAGGCUUCAAAUACGUCACAAUUGGGAUCUCAGGCUCUUGGUAAAGGACCGGGAUGCGGUUCCUCUGGGGGACAUGAUAAGGUUGUUGGGGGUCCAGUUGGAAUUCCAGAAUUGCCUGCUAUGCAGAAAAAAAUGGUGGUUCAGGCUAAGCCAACAACCAGUGGGUCUUCAAGAGAGCAGUCAGAUGAUGAUGAUCUUGAAGGAGACACAGAAAAUACUGACAGUAUGGAUCCUUCUGAUGCAAAACGCGUAAGGAGGAUGCUGUCAAACAGAGAGUCAGCCAGACGUUCAAGGAGGAGGAAACAAGCACAUUUGAGUGAGCUGGAGACACAGGUUUCACAAUUGAAAGUUGAAAACUCUUCAUUAUUGAAGCGUCUUGCUGACAUAAAUCAUAAGUUCAAUCAAGCCGCUGUUGACAAUAGAAUUCUUUUAGCAGAUGUUGAAACAAUGAGGGCAAAGGUGAAGGCAGCAGAGGAAACCGUUAAGAGAGUAACAGGGUUGAAUCCACUAUUCCCAUCAUUGUCUGAGAUAUCAACGAUGGGCAUGCCAUUUUCAGGCAGCCCAUCUGAUACGUCUGGAGAUGCUGCUGUCCCAGUGCAAGAUGACCCCAAGCAGCGGUUUUAUCAGUCUGCUCCUCGUAAUGGUGCUAUUGUCACUAAUCCUCCUGAUGGAAGAGUGCUCAAUGGCUUGCCUGACAUUCCUACUGCUCCAGUUACUCCUGUUGAUGAGAUGCAGAACGUAAGUGGGGGCACAAAGAUCGGAACAGCUUCCAUGCAGCGGGUAGCCAGCUUAGAACAUCUUCAGAAACGUAUCCAUGGUGGGCCUGUGCAAUGGGUUGCAGGGUGGGAACCAGAAACCCCCCAAGUAGUGGACAACAGUAACAAGCGUAACUGCUUGUGAAGGAUCAGAGGCCAAAGGAUGUAUUGCAGUAUAUAAUUAAUGGCUCAUGUAUUCAACUCCUAUUCUUUUCUGUUUCAAUUGCAGGUUGACUGUAUGCUAUCCC